GAUAUAGGCAAAGGGUGUGAUCAUCAAACAUAGGGGCUUUGCUCUUUAUCUUUGUGAUUCCGAUUAGUGUGUAAGAGAGAAAUUCUUUGCGAAAACUCCAUUUCUUCUUCUUUAGUGUGUAUUGUAUGGCCGCCAAUUUGCAGAGCCGUGGACUCGUGAGCUUGGGGAAACGAGUUGUGAACCAGAUCAGCUACGCUAGUGCUCGAACUUCUGCUAACUCACCUUCCCUCUUUUGCAGGAGGGGAGUGCAGACAUCAGUGUACGACAAGAACCCGGAGGAUUAUGUGCGGGAUUCGGUUGUGCCUGAUGAAGUGAUAGAUCCACAAUCAGAAAAAUACUGGUCUCCUCACCCACAAACUGGGGUGUUUGGGCCUGCAGCCACUGAAAGUGCUGGUGGGGAACGUGGUUUCCACUCCUCACCUGCCACUGCUGCUGCAGCAUCCGUCUUGGAGGAGAAGACCUUCUUCCGCCCUCUUGAGGACUUGGACAAGCCACCCCACGCUUAAGUUUUACAUACUAUAGCUCCAGUGCAUCUGUCCUCACUGGAAAGCUUAAGUAAUUGCUUUUUAACUAAUAUAAUAUAUAGUGUGUAGUGGUGACUUUUAAUAAGUUUCUAUUUGCUUUGGCUUAUGCGAGUCUGUAUUAUAUCAAGUUUAAAGUGCAGUAUAGACUAUUAGAGUAAAGCUGCACUGCUUUUGAAAGUUCCGUUCAUAUGGUACUGCAAUAUGGGUGUCUUUUGUUACAGUUACGUAACUGCUGAGCUAUGCUAUAAUAUCCUUAUGAACUUUUGCUUUCAUAUUA